CUAAAUAUUGGUGAAAUCCAGCUAGAUAUAGGUGAAAUCCAGCUAGAUAUUGGUGAAAUCCAGCUAAAUAUUGGUGAAAUCCAGCUAGAUAUAGGUGAAAUCCAGCUAAAUAUAGGUGAAAUCCAGCUAGAUAUUGGUGAAAUCCAGCUAGAUAUAAGUGAAAUCCACCUAAAUAUUGGUGAAAUCCAGCUAGAUAUAGGUGAAAUCCAGCUAGAUAUAGGUGAAAUCCAGCUAAAUAUAGGUGAAAUCCAGCUAAAUAUUGGUGAAAUCCAGCUAGAUAUAGUUGAAAUCCAGCUAAAUAUAGGUGAAAUCCAGCUAAAUAUAGGUGAAAUCCAGCUAAAUAUAGGUGAAAUCCAGCUAAAUAUUGGUGAAAUCCAGCUAGAUAUAGUUGAAAUCCAGCUAAAUAUAGGUGAAAUCCAGCUAGAUAUAGUUGAAAUCCAGCUAAAUAUAGGUGAAAUCCAGCUAAAUAUAGGUGAAAUCCAGCUAAAUAUAGGUGAAAUCCAGCUAAAUAUAGGUGAAAUCCAGCUAAAUAUAGGUGAAAUCCAGCUAAAAGUUGUUGAAAUCCAGCUAGAUAUAGGUGAAAUCCAGCUAAAUAUAAGUGAAAUCCAGCUAGAUAUAGGUGAAAUCCAGCUAAAAGUUGUUGAAAUCCAGCUAGAUAUAGGUGAAAUCCAGCUAAAUAUAGGUGAAAUCCAGCUAAAUAUAGGUGAAAUCCAGCUAAAAGUUGUUGAAAUCCAGCUAGAUAUAGGUGAAAUCCAGCUAGAUAUAGGUGAAAUCCAGCUAAAUAUAGGUGAAAUCCAGCUAAAUAUAGGUGAAAUCCAGCUAGAUAUAGUUGAAAUCCAGCUAGAUAUUGGUGAAAUCCAGUUUGAUAUAAGUGAAAUCCACCUAAAUAUUGGUGAAAUCCAGCUAGAUAUAGGUGAAAUCCAGCUAAAUAUAGGUGAAAUCCAGCUAGAUAUUGGUGAAAUCCAGCUAGAUAUAAGUGAAAUCCACCUAAAUAUUGGUGAAAUCCAGCUAGAUAUAGGUGAAAUCCAGCUAAAUAUAGGUGAAAUCCAGCUAGAUAUAGGUGAAAUCCAGCUAAAUAUAGGUGAAAUCCAGCUAAAAGUUGUUGAAAUCCAGCUAGAUAUUGGUGAAAUCCAGCUAAAUAUAGGUGAAAUCCAGCUAGAUAUUGUUGAAAUCCAGCUAAAUAUAGUUGAAAUCAGUGAAAGUUGUUGA